AUGGUCGGACAACAAGGAGAGAACCGCCGCUUGGCUGGGCUUCGUAAGCCUUCUGAGCAAGCGACGAGGGUGCGAUCGGUCAAAACAGCGAUUACUUGUGGCCAGCCGCUAACCUUGAAACUCCCGUGGAAUACCUUAGGUCGCGCCAAGAAGGAAGCUUACUUCCAGAAGUUGGAGUCUCUUCUCGAAGAGUACCCCUCCAUCUUCGUUGUCAAUGUCGACAAUGUCGGUUCCAACCAGAUGCACGGUGUUCGUGUCGCUCUCCGUGGCGAGGCUGUCGUCCUCAUGGGAAAGAACACCAUGGUCCGCAGGGCCCUGCGUAACCUGAUCCCCGACAACCCCAACUACGAGAAGCUUCUCUCCGUCAUCAAGGGCAACGUCGGUUUCGUCUUCACCAAGGGUGACCUCAAGGACAUUCGUGAGAAGAUUGUCUCCAACCGUGUCGCCGCCCCCGCGAAGGCUGGUGCCCUCGCUCCCGUCGAUGUCACCAUCCCCGCCGGUAACACCGGUAUGGAACCCGGAAAGACCUCUUUCUUCCAGGCCCUCGGUAUCCCCACCAAGAUCGCUAAGGGUUUGAUUGAGAUCGUCAACGACGUUCCUUUGAUCAAGGCCGGAAACAAGGUUGGAGCUUCUGAGGCCACCUUGUUGAACAUGAUGAACAUCUCCCCUUUCACCUACGGUCUCUCUGUUCAAGCCGUCUACGACAACGGUAACAUCUUCUCCUCGGAGAUUCUUGACAUCGACGAUGCCCACCUCUUGGGAGCCCUCACUCAGGGUAUCACCACCAUUGCCGCCAUCUCUUUGGCCAUCGGUUUCCCCACCGUUGCCGCUGUUCCUCACUUGUUGAUCAACGGUUACAAGAACGUCAUUGGUGUUGCCUUGAGCAUCGACUACUCUUUCGAGGCUGUUGACCGCAUCAAGGAGAUCCUUGCCGACCCCUCCAAGUUUGCUGCUGCCGCCGCUCCCGCUGCCGGUGCCGCUGCUGGUGGUGCCACCCCUGCCGCUGCCAAGGUUGAGGAGGAAGAGGAGGAAGAGGAGGAGAUGGGCUUCGACUCUCUCUUCGAUUAG